ACAGAGCAACUUAAAGAAGUGUACAAGAUCGGAAGAUGUAGAGAGACCCUGGACCAUAGAAUCGCCUGUGGUUCUUAUGGGAUGACAAUGACGAUGAAUGUUAUCCAUCAUCAUCCAUCAUCAUUAUCCUAUAAGAUAUGGAUAACAUCAUCGUCAUUACACUAUAAGACCCGCAGUCCCCUCCAAAACAUAUACAACAGCAAGAAGCACGAUUGAUCACUUGGGAAGUCUCAAAGCCCUUCACUGGUGCUCUUUAAUAACUUUAGAAGAAUCAUUCCUUCUCCUUCCCCCCCCCCAAAAAUCCGGCUCCUUUGCAUCAUCAGCAAACAGCCAUUGAGAGAAAUGGGGCAGGACAAGGAAGGAAAAGGUUAGCCAAAGAACAAAGGCAGGAAGGAGGCUCUGAGUGGAGCGGAGGCAGACAGGUGGAGAUUUUUGGAGGGGGGGGGGCUAGGCAAACGUUUGCUUUCCCUACAGUAUAAAACACUCCACUGUCUGGCAUCUGUGACUCUGCACGCCGGCCCUAAUGGGCUUGAUGACAGGAGGCACCUUGGUCAUCCUGCUGGGGUGCUGUGGCUACAAAUGGCUGUCCAAUCUCUUGUGAAAAACCUCCGUGAUGGAGCGCCCGCAAUUUCUGAAGGCUCCCUUGCAGGUAGGAAUACCCUGUGGUAUUCCUACCUGCAAGCAUCAGAGCCCAACCAGGGGCUGCCCCAGGUCUUCUCCAAGGCUUACCUGGAUGACCAACCCAUCGCUCGCUAUGACAGCCACACCAGGAAGGUGGAGCCUCUGGUGUCCUGGAUGGAGAAGGUGGAGAAGGAAGAUCCCAACCAAUGGAAAGAAGGGAAUGAGAUGUUGCUGGUCGCUGAGCAAGUCUUCCGAGAUGAAUUGAGGAGCGUAUGGCAAAAUGGAGGGCUUCACACGUGGCAGGCGAUUUUGGGCUGUGAGCUCAGGGAAGACGGAAGAAAAGAAGGGUUUUUGCACUAUGGCUACAACGGGAUGGACUUCAUCAGCUUCGACAAGGAGACCCUGAGAUGGGUGACAGCUCAGCCCCAGGCCCAGAAGGUCAAGGAGAAGUGGGAGGAUGAUCCAGUGUGGUCCCAGAGAAACAAAAUCUACUUGGAGACCUGUAGUGAGCAGUUGCAGAGAUACUUGUCCUACAGUAAGGAAGCUCUGCAAAGCAUAGAGCCCCCAGUGGGGAAGGUGACAUACAUGGCUGCCAGUGACAAGGUGGAGAUCCUCAUCUGCCAGGCCUAUGGCUUCUACCCCAAGGAGAUCCAAGCCAUCUGGAAGAGGGGUGAAGAGGAUUGCAAGUAUGAGACCCUCCCUAGGAACGUGGCCCCCAACUUGGAUGGGACUUAUUAUGUCUGGCUCAGCAUUGAGAUUGACCCCAAGGAGAGGGACCUCUUCAGUUGCCACAUACAGCAUGAAAGCUUACAGGAACCCCUGGUCUUGGCCUGGAAGGAGGACCCUGAUGAGAAACUACAAGACUGGGCCAACAGGAGGCUCCAGGUAGGACUCAUCUUGGCGGCUGUGACUGUCUUCAUUCUUCUGGCAUCUGGGAUGAUCUGGAUGAAAUGCAGGGUCAAGUCGAGGAGCCAGUUCGUGGAAGGUCCUGACGAUAUGUGAGCAUCACCCUGGUUUUACACAAGGACAUCAAAAAAAGGAGAGCGAGGACAACUAAAGAGCAUCCAAAAAUCUUCGCCGCUUUGGUACUUCUUUCCCGAUUGUUUGGAGAAACCAACCUUAAGAGCUUCUUUCAGCCACAGUCCCAGGACAGGCACUUUGUAACCUACUAUUUGCAAUGGGACGGUUGAAUUUUUUGCUAAUCUGUUCCUAUGACAUGCUGAUUAAUGUUACUGGCCCUGCCGACCUAUUAAUUUAACUUCCAGUGGAAAGUUUAACUUAUGUUUGUAAGUUAUUGAUAUAUUUAUAUCCCCUUUAUUUCCUGAUGUAUCUACAUCAUAUUUAUUUAUUUAUUUAUUUAUUUA